AUGUUUGUGUAGCUUUCUAUGGAUCGCUGCAGUCGUUUUAGAGGAGGCUCCAAGUUUAUCAUGGAAUCAUUGGUGACCAGUUGCGAUCACAAGUUUGUGGAGUAUUUCCAAAAAGUUCCCGACAAGGUGGAUAUUUACACCUUUCGCGUAGUAAAACUGGCUAAAGCCUUCACCAUCGAUUUCGCUGUGAGGGUGGUGAAGACGAAGAGAGUGAUGUACAAAAUUGAUAACUUUGACGGCUGCCAGUUCCUGAUGAAUCCCCUGAUGAAUCGCGUUUUCGGAACUGUAUACAAACGACUGGUCGUGAAUGGCAGUUUCUUUAGUUGUCCGAUCAGGCCGGGGGUGUAUUACAUCAGGAACGAGGGUUCCGUGGCCAUGUUGCCUGCUUUCCAGCCGCCUGGAAGAUACCAAAUCACAAUGCGCGUCAGGAUGCACGAGAGUGGGGACCCCUUUGUGAUGGAAAUGCUGUGGGUAUACAGCGUAGUUCGAAUUAAAUAA